AUGUUAAUCACGCGCGGUUUCUCGCUCACAAACUUCGUCAUUGGCUCGUCCGCGCUAUGCUUCCAGGUCUUCGUCCUGUACCCUUGGCAUGAACAAUUGGAUGAAGAGUUCAAGGAGCUGCGAAAGGAGCACGCAAGACUCCUCCAUGACACGCAUCAAAAGCACAGGAGUGAAUUGCAGAGCAUCAGAGAGCAACUGGAGAAGCUGAAUGAACAAAAAAAGGUUGGGAAGUUUUGGUAA